AUGCAGAAAAUCCGCACAGUGGAACAAGAUGGUAAAAAUAUUAAACUCCAAAUUUGGGAUGCUGCUGGGCAAGAACGUUUUAGAACUAUUACUAGUAGCUACUACCGUGGGGCUCAUGGCAUCAUAGUAGUUUAUGAUGUGACUGAUCAGGAAAGCUUCAAUAAUGUCAAGCAAUGGUUAAAUGAAAUUGACCGAUAUGCUAGUGACAAUGUUAACAAGCUUCUUGUUGGAAACAAAUGUGAUCUCACAGCACAGAAAGUUGUGUCCACUGAGAAAGCUAAGGCAUUUGCGGAUGAAAUUGGGAUUCCUUUCAUGGAGACAAGUGCGAAAAAUGCAACCAAUGUAGAGCAGGCUUUCAUGGCUAUGGCUGCCUGA